AUGACAACCGCACACAGACCCACAUGGUACAACGCCAUCGGGGGGGAAAACCAGGGUGGCAACCGGAAAGUGAGCCAAACGGCCAAGGUCUGCAGCAGGGACUUGCCAGGGCACACCAAAAUGAAGACCAGAGACCUGAGCGAUUACGUUGAGGACAAGGAAGUGAUAAAGAAUAACCUCAUUCAGCUCGAAGGCGGAGCUAUCGAGAAGGAUAACAGCCAUAGACUGCUAGCCAUCGAGAAUAUAAAAAAACUCACCAACCAUGAUUACACCAACCCGUUUCCGGAGGACGAGGAUGACGAAGUGGAGGAGGAGUGGAAGUCGCGCAGGAGGAAAGGGAGAAAAAAAGAGAAACGGAAGGAUCGAGGGAAGGAUUCAGCGAAGGGUCGCACGAAAGGAGAUCCACAGGAAGAAGGCAGUGAAGAGGGUGGUCAGUCAGAUGGUUCGUCAAAUGGCUCAUCUGAUGGCUCGUCGGAUGACCUUUCGGAUGACUCCUCUGAGGAACAGUCGGAGGACGAGGAGGAGAAUGAACUCCUGAGGGAGCUCGAAAAUCUGAAGCGAGAGAAAAUGGAGAAGCAGCGACAGGAGAAGCAGGAGCAGGAACUCCUGCAGAGCAGAAAGAACAAUGUGCUUACGAACAACCCCCUCAUAAACCUGGAGGAUAAUAGCGACAAUGAGGAGGGCGAAGGCGUGAGCAGGAAGCGAAAGUGGACCGAGGAGGCCAUCUUCCGAAAUACCUGCGAGAAGAAGGAGAAAAAGAGCACCUUCAUCAACGACACCGUGCGCACGGCCUUCCACAGGAAGUUUCUCUUUAAGUACAUCCACUGA